AUGCCAGCUAUAGCAGACGAGUCUACUGGGAAAGGCCAGUCCCACAGCACCCACCCCCCGACACUCCUGGACACCUUACAGGGCCGAAAGAGCCUAUUUCGUGUGCCACUGUACCAAUCGUCAGGCGCAGAAGACGGCGCUGAGAAGGUUUAUCAUGCCCGUCGAUCGCACCGGAAGUCGCGCGCUGGAUGUGUGAAAUGCAAGCAACGAAGAGUUAAGUGUGACGAGACUAAGCCCCACUGUCUGCGAUGCCAAAAGCAUGGAGUUGACUGCAGCUAUGACGCCGGUCCAGUUAGCUCUGCGCGUAGCAAGGGUGUGAUAUCCUACUUUAUCGACAAUGUCCCAAGCUUGACCGAGCAGGAAUCAGCGGCAUAUACAAUGUCGCUGCGUGCUGUCUCGUUCAAGUUAGACGAGCUGCUACGCUUGAAGCCUAAAAAUGCUACGAUCCCUACUGUCAGCUCCGAGCGUAGCCAGAACAUGAUGAGGGGUAAAAUGAUCCAGCUGGCGUUCGAUUCACCGUUCCUCAUGCACGCCAUCAUCGGCGCAGCAACAUCCCAUCUCCGCCGCAUCUACCCCGAAGACAACACCUACACGAUGGUGGAGGCCUACCACUGGCAAAAGGCCAUCAAUCAGUACUCCGAGGAGAUCUCCACCGCCGUCGGCCCACACAACAUGGACCCCCUCUACUCCGCCUGUCUCCUCAUGACCAUCCACUCCUUCAGUCUCGAAGAAUACAGCCCCCGCAGCUCCUUCGUCUUCUCCGACGACCCCGAAGCCCUCAACUGGCUGAUGCUCCAAAGCGGCCUGCGCUAUCUCCUCGGGCUGACAGGCCCCUGGGUGACCCAAAGCAUGUGGUGGGACGUCUUCAAGCGGUCUCGCGAGGGUAACCCCCUCUACGACGACCAUCGUCCCGGACGUGUCGACCUACAUCCGGAACUCGCCGACAUCUGCGGCAUAGACGAUACCACCACCGAGGAAACAAACCCCUACCACUGGCCCCUGCGAAUGCUAACCCCCUUGCUCUCCCUCGAGCGCAGCAUCAAGACGUUCAUCCACUAUACGAAUUACAUGGGCCGGCUCCUGCCGGACUACUACGACCAGUUGUUGAAGAAGGACCCGCCUGCAUUGAUUAUCCUCAGCUGGUGGCUGGCCAUGAUAGUAAAUCUCGAUGUCUGGUGGAUGGAAACGAGGGCCAGGUCCGAGUGUGUGGCGAUCUGCAUGUACCUGGAGGAGAGCGAUGAUCCGCGCAUUCUUAGUCUGCUGGAGUUUCCGGCGCAGGCUUGUGGGUAUUUACUCAAGCAUGUGCAGGAGCGGAUUGCGUGUCAGUAUGAUGUGGUGUUGCUGUAA